CGCGUCUCCGUUCCCUCGCUCGUCGCCUCGCCGCCUCGCCGCCCUGCUCGGUGUCGCCCAGUGCCGGUGGGGUAGGCCGCAGCGGCCCGGGUACAGAGCCCGCGCCCCGCGCCGUGCUCGACGCCGCGCUCCACGACGCCGUGCCGAGUGCUGACGGCGGCCAACUGUUGAGGGGGUCCAGGAGCGGUCCGGGACAGGUUCCCGACAGGUCCAGGAUGAAAGGACAACCCCGGACGGCGCUGCCCCGGGCGGCCGGCGUCCUCCGCGGCCUCGUCGUCCUGCUGGUCGUCGCGCAUCUGGCGGCCGUCGCAAGCGGGCGGCGCGUCCACUCCAAGCGCUACUCCGAGACGGCCACGCAGCAGGCCGCGCAGACCGCGCAGGCCCCGCAGACCCUGGCGCCGGAGGAGGACGAGGACUACGACGAGGAGGCCGAGGACGACGAGCGCGUCUACAAGAACCCGCGGAACUCACCGUCCGCCGUGUGCCCUCGCGACGAGGAGCAUGCCAACUUCCUGGGCCAGACGUGCCUGCGGAAGUGCUCCUCGGACGAGGACUGCAAGAGCAAGAAGAAGAAGUGCCGUUGCGACGGUACCUGCGGCAUGUCCUGCAUCAAGCCGGACCGCGAGUGCCCCGACCUGGACCCGCUGCCCGUGGGCAACGUGACGACCACGGGCCGCUUCUUCGGGGACACGGCCACGUACGCGUGCGAGAUGGGCUUCCACCUGGUGGGGCUGCGGGUGCGCUCCUGCCAGGCCGACGGUCACUGGUCGGGCCAGCAGCCCACCUGCAAGAAUGGCGUCUUUCCAGUGUACUGCCGCACGCCGCCGCCCAUGGACCACGCGCGGCACAACGCGCUGCAGCUGCAGACCACGUUCGACGUGGGCACCACGCUCAAGUACCAGUGCCACUCCGGCUACGUCACCAACGGCUUCCCCACGGCCAAGUGCCUCGCCAUGGGCGGAUCCGCGUCCUGGUUCGGCCCGGACAUUUCGUGCGAGCCCCGGACCUGCGGCCAGCCCGCCGACCCGGAGAACGGUUGGCACAAGGCGUCGUGCUACACGUACACCUGUCGCGCCACCUACGAGUGCGCCAAGGAGUACGAGCUGGUGGGGCGCGCCGAGAGGACCUGCCAGGCGGACGGCACCUGGAGCCCCAAGGACCUGCCCACCUGUGUGCUUGUGGCCGAGGUCGAGUGCCCCGCCCCGGAGAACCCCGUCAACGGGCGCGCCAUCUACACCCGCCAGGCCUACAACUCGGUCGUGUCCUACGAGUGCAACUACGGCUACUCCCUGGUGGGCGACGCCACGAGGAAGUGCGGGGCCGACAGACGCUGGUCCGGACACAAGCCAGCGUGCCAAGAGAUCAAUUGCGGAGACCCUGGGCCGCUGUACAACGGAUGGCUGGAGAACUUAGAGGGCGGCACGGGGCUCGGCGCGUCCGUCAUCUUCCGCUGCAAGGAGGGCACGAGGCUGGAGGGCAACUCGUCGUCCGUGUGCCAGAUCGACGGCCACUGGCGGUACCCGUCCCCCCGCUGCAUGGCGCCGUGCGUCGUGCCCAAGAUCAUCAACGGCACGGUGAAGCCGCGCGGCGUGAGCAACAACACGGACGACUUGAUGGGGGCCAUCGGCGCGGACGGCGCACAGACCGUGCAGCACGGCGAGCAGCUCGUGGUGCACUGCGAGCCGCGCUACGAGUUCCUCAACAACGGCACGCCCGUCACCUGCAACAACGGCACCUGGACGCAGAUCCCCAAGUGCCAGCCAGCACGGUGUAAGCGCAUGCCCCGCGCGCCCCGCAACGGCUACGUGAUCGCGCCCAAGACGGACCACGGCAUGCGGGCCCGCUUCGCCUGCCGGGACGGCUACACGCUCAACGGCACGGACGUGACGGAGUGCUCGUACGGCAACUGGUCGAACGAGGUGCCACUGUGCGACGAGGUGUACUGCCCCUUCCCGGGCUACGUGGAGAACGGCAAGGUGAUGCUGGUGGGCAACAUGGGCCUGUACGACUACCGGCCCUACGUCCGCAAGGUGACCAACAACAAGCAGAUCAUGUACGACUGCGACCGCGGCUACGUGCUGGCGGAGGGCCCGCCCGGCGCCACCUGCAUCGGCGGCGAGUGGAGUCCCCAGCAGCUGCCCAAGUGCGUCCCCGGCAAGCACCCCCGCCUGCGCUGGAGCCGGUCCGUGCGCCGCCGCCGCGCCGCGCUCUUCGCCGCCCGCCUCAAGAUGAUGUCAUCGCCGCGCUGGAGUGCCGACAGCGACAACAACGAGAGCAACCACGUGUCCGGCCACCGCCAGCACACGCGCCUCACGGCCGCCACGCCGGCGCCGUCCGUGGAGUUCCAGCCGUGGGGAGCCCCCGUCAUGGACCACGACAACGUGCAGGACAGCAGCGCGAUGCAGCCGUCUGCCGCCAGCCGCGACAUGAUGGCGCGUUUGCUGGGCAAGAACCUGUCGCCGGACAGCCACGCGGCCUCGGACUCGGCGUCCGUCGCCGGGGACCCCGAGCAGAGCUACAGCGACACGCAUCCCCUAUACGGGCGCGCGCAGCCGGCCCACAACGGGGCGGAUGGCCCCCGCGGCAUGCCUCGCCUCGUGUCCUGGUUCACCGCGGACGGCCGCACCCGCGAGCACGCCCGGGCCGAGCGGGCCCGUCGCGCCGCCCUGCACCAGGACCCCGACCACGAGGACGACGACGACGACGAGGAGGAGGACUCCAACUCGGCGUCCGCCACAGACGAGGCGUCAUCUUCGUCGUCAUCGUCCUCCUCCUCCGAGGAGAGCCUGGACCAUCACGCCGUCACCACCGCCGCAGCUAAGACCAAGAAGAACGAGACAGUGCUCUCGCGGCAGGCACGCGCCUCCCGGACGCGCGUCGGCCCCCAGGUUAUGCGCGCCAACCGGCACCGCGGCGGCGACCGCCGCAAGAGCACCAAGACCAGGAAGGACUCGACCAAGAAGACGUCGCCGGGGAACACCGUGACGUGCGAGGCGCUGGCCACCGACCAGUACACGCACGUGGUGGUGACCAAGCCGGGCCGCGACCACAACGACUCGGCCUCGUCGGGCUCCACGGUGCAGGUCUCGUGCGAGGUGGGCUACCAGCUCAGCAUCGGCGCCAACCAGACCGCCAAGUGCGUGCGCGGACGGUGGAAGCCCGCCAAGCCGGAGUGCAUCAUAGUGCCCUGCCGCAUCCCGGAGACUGAGCACGCCAUCUACCGGCGCGUCAACGACUCGACGUUGCUGAUCGAGGACACCGAGGUGAGCAGCGACGAGGAGGUCAAGUUCUCCUGCAUCAACGGCUACAACCCGGUGGGGGCGCUGCGCUUCCGCUGCAAGCACGGCGAGUGGGACGUCUCGGAGCUGCCGUGGUGCGAGCCAGGCGAGGACACGCACUACCGGGGCAGCGACUCCGGGAGCGACAUCGACCUGUUCGGGGAGGUGGACAAGGGGGACCGGCGCUCGUGCAACCCGCCCAGCAAGGUGCAGGGCUCGCUCGUCUACGUCAACGGCCACCCCAUCAAGGACAGCGACAUCAACUUCCCGGACGGCACCGAGGUCACCUUCAACUGCAUGGCCAGCAUCAUGGGCGAGAAGUCGACGUGGCGCGUUCUGUGCGAGGAUGGCACCUGGCUGGGGCGGUCCCUGAGUUGCGACAUGGAGGACCUCGCCGACAGCAAGAUGCGCGACAACACGACGUGCACGCUGCGCAGCACCGAGCCCAACGUCGUGUCCUUCCACAACGACCAGCUCAUCACCGUGGACGUGGUGGAGCUACCCGCCGGCGCCGUGGUGGUGUCGCGUUGCAGGGACAUCGGCAAGUACCAGCUCAUCGGCUCCAGCCACAGGCGCUGCGUGAGCGGGGAGUGGGACGGCCAGAAGCCGGUCUGCUUCGGCCUCAACCAGGAGAACGACUAUGCCCUGGAGAAGCCCCCCACCAUCCUGUUCCGGCACCGCCUGGGCCCCAUCGCGCAGAGCAACGACGGCAAGCUCAUCGUGUACCCCGGGGUGGUGCUGCACAUGGAGUGCCUGUGGAUCCGGCGCUUCGGGACGCCCAAGUGGUCCGUCAACCACAGCUACAGCUCCAACAAUUCAGCUGUUAUCGUUCUAACUGACUCCUUGAACUCGACUAACGCAACUGAUACGCCACAAAAGGUGUACCCCACAGGCUGGAACUCGGAGGACGGGCGCGACUCGGCGCUCGAGUACCGCCUCAGCAUCCUGCACGCCAGCCAGGACGACUCCGGAGAGUUCACUUGCACGACGCCCACCCGCCACACCCACGCCGUCACCAUCGAGGUGAAAGCCGUCAACUGCCCCAAGCUGCCGGAGAAGCGGGGCCUGGUGUACUCGGCGACGCACACCAAGAUGAACUCGCGCGUCUCCAUGUCGUGCCCCGGCGGCAACUCGCUCAUCGGCGCCUCGGAGAUCGUCUGUCUCGCGUCCGGGAACUGGUCCGCCCCGUUCCCGGUCUGCGAGAGUGAGUCACUAGUGGUGAACUGCGAGGCGCCGGGCACCCCCGACCACGGCUACACCACCGGCCAGGGCCCGCCGUACCGCGCCGGCGACAUCGUGCAGUUCAACUGCAACCCGCAGUUCAUGAUGGAGGGCCAGCCCAUCAUUGCCUGUCAGGAGAACGGGCGUUGGUCCGGGUCCGUGCCCAAAUGCGUCCAGGCGUGCUCCUACCCGGGCACGGCCAUCUCUGGCCGCAUGUCCGACGUCAAGUUCUACUACAAGAUCGGCGAGACAGUGACAUUCGACUGCGACGUGGGCCUCGAGAUCCGCGGCGUGAGCAUGCUGCGCUGCAUGCGCAACGGCAAGUGGUCCAACGCCAUCCCGGUGUGCGUUCCCGCCGGCUCCGGAGGCAACCGGUAGCCCAAGCGGUAGCCUCGCUCCCCGCUUUAGCCUCGCUCCCAGCUUCCAGCGCUUCCAGCUCCCAGCGCUACCGGCCUCGCCGUGCUCGCAGCGAGGGACGAGGGCCCAGGGCGCCGCAGGGCCCCGCGCCCCGCACCCCGAGGCAGGAAGGCCUUUACGGCCUCCUGGAGGGCGCGACCAUCGAGCACGUCCCGGCCCGCGGUGCCCCGCGGUGCCCCGCUCGCUCUGGGGCCGACCACCGCGCCGCCGCCGCCGCCACCGCCGCCAGGGCGCCACCAGCCGCCACCCGCAAGCUUCCAGGCGGGACUUCCCCGCCCCGCGCAGGCCGAGAGUGCGAGAGAGUGUCGCCGCCACGGAGUCCGUACCAGGACACACGGCCCCAGACGGCUCGUCUGCCCUGACUCGGUUCAUGCACGCUGCGUGCGACCCUUGACCCGAGUCGGCAGGCGACUUGUCCAGCCCCUAAGUCGGCCACGAAGCAUUGCAGAAACCUCACAAAGCGUUUCGACUCGAUUGUAAAUUUUGAACGAUCCCGUGUUUGACUCGAACAAAUUACGACAGAGCAAAAGUUAACAGUGCAACCAAAGUAUUGGCCUUUUCGUGCGUUGCUUUGUGAAAGGUUCUGCAGUGGGGGGUGUGCUAUCGUUCCUAUAGUUUCGGAUGACAGACCGUCACAACUCUCUCUUUCUCUCUAUCUCCCGCUCUCCACCUUUUUCGGAGGAUAAUUCUAAGCCUAAGGUUAGUAUUUUAUUGACAUAUAAUUCUCCCAACCCACGCAGCCCUUCGACCUUGUAUUAAAGUUUUCAAUGAGCCAUGGCUAAGCAAAUUGCAACGUAUCAUAUCAACUUCUUAUGCUGUUGUUUUUUAAGCCAUUAUUUAGAAGCGGAAUUUGAUGUGAUUUUGGUACUGUGUUGAAUGUGGGCACAUCACUUUUUGACUGGAGUCAAGUUUAUUCACAGUAUCUCCUCAUAAAGUAAAAAUGGCCUUGGAGCAAGUGUUAUGUCACAAAUCGUGGAGUGAUAACUUGCGCUUUCUAGAAUGAAACAAUUUGUCUGGAGUCUAUUGUUGUAAUUUAUGUUGUUUUGUUGAAACGAAUGUGUCUUUCUUUCUCCUGAAAAACUGCAAUCAUUUUACAGCAAUUUCUGCUGUAUAAUUUAAAAUAAUUUUAAACAGCCCUUACUCCCAAAUCACUUUGCUCAAUUUGUGUUUCUUCACUGCUGCCAUUCUGGAAAUAAACUAUUUCCACUUAUUAAACCAUGCACAAACAUGUGUCAGACAAUAACAAAGGAUAACAUCUUUGUCCCAACAUGGUGGGUUUGAAUUCUGCUGGUUUCUUAUCUUGAUACAAAAUAUUGUACUUAGUAAAACUAUCCUGUAUGUAGGCCUAGUAUUUUAGUCAGUAAUGCUCACUGUCUCCACAUCAAAAGCACUUUGAUGUACCGAAAUAGGACUUCUCUGUCUUUCAAGCAGCCUCUAUAUAAAUUUAAUAAAAUGUCAUUCCUGCACUUACUUCCAGGCUAAAUUCAAAAAAUUGAAGUGGCUGGAAAUAUGUGCAUCUGUUGUAGACGUAACACUUAGAUUAGCAUGCCUUCAAUGAGUAGAAGACAUUGUUGUGUAGAAUUUUGUAUGUUAGGCUAAGGAAGAAGCUUUUUAACUGUGAACAACAAAUCUGGGAUUUGAAGGAACGGCUAGGUGGAAGAGACUGUUUCCAAGCUUCUAAAGUGUGGCCCUAUUGUUAAAACCUUAGCCGACGUCAAUGCCUCAAUAAACAGCAGAGUGUGAUCAAAUGUAAAAUUACUGCCCAGCUCACCACUAUAUUGUGUCAAUAUAUGUGAGCAAUUUCUUUUCUCUCGACUUUUGUAAGGACAUGAUAUGGCUGAGAAAUAUUAAAUAAAGGAGCUGUCCUAAAUUGA